CCUUAAAAAAAAUACCCAAAAUAAUAGAAACUUAAAAACAGAGAAAAAAGUGAGGUUUGAGCCAAAAAUCCGAUCAGUCUUGUAAUGGUCUGAUCAGAUGGCGGACGAUCCUCCUUCCCACCUCGCCCAUGUUCCAUUGCCUUCGAACCCAGGUGGGUUAGUUUCCGAUGAUGCUCCACCAGUUCCAAUUUAUAUUAUCACCGAAGCUUCACAGCUUCCAGUGGAGUUCUUAGAGCCCAGUCCUGAAACAAAGCUGGUAAUUGGCUUCGAUUGUGAGGGUGUUGACCUGUGCCGUUAUGGAACUCUUUGUAUCAUGCAGAUUGCAUUUCCUGAUGCGAUAUAUCUUGUGGAUGCCAUAGAAGGUGGAGACAUGCUCAUAGAAGCAUGUAAGCCUGCUCUUGAAUCUAGAUACAUCACUAAAGUUAUACAUGACUGCAAACGUGACAGUGAGGCAUUAUAUUUCCAGUUUGGCAUCAAGUUACAUAAUGUCAUGGACACCCAGAUAGCAUAUACCUUGAUUGAAGAACAGGAUGGACGUCCCAAAGGGCCCGAUGACUACAUCUCAUUUGUUUCUCUUCUUGCAGAUCCACGCUAUUGUGGAAUAUCUUAUCUUGAGAAGGAGGAGGUUCGGGUUCUCUUGAGGCAGGAUCCAAAGUUCUGGAAAUACAGGCCAUUAUCUGACCUCAUGAUCCGUGCAGCUGCUGAUGACGUCCGUUUUCUGCUUUACAUCUAUCACAAAAUGAUGGAGAAGCUAAAUGCCCAAUCUCUGUGGAACCUUGCAGUUCGUGGUGAAUUGUAUUGCCGCUGCUUCUGUAUAAAUGAUGAUAACUUGGCUGAAUGGCCUGCUUUGCCUUCUAUUCCAGAUGACCUGCCUGUGGACACAGAAGCUCCUGAAGAGGAAAUCCUUUCUGUUCUUGAUGUUCCACCAGGGAAAAUGGGACGUGUGAUUGGCAAAAAAGGAGCUUCAAUUCUGGCAAUCAAGGAAUCGUGCAAUGCAGAGAUUCUCAAUUGGAGGAUCAAAGGGUCCCCUGAUAAGGAAGCAAGAAUGGAAAGCCUUAAAUUUCCAUCGUUAACUUUAAAAGUCAUUGCCAAAGGCCCAAAGAUAGAAAAACAAUAUAAAGUCCUGAUGCAAUCAGGGAAAGAAGUUAACUCCUUUCUGUUGCAAAUUCUUUAUUCUCUUAACACGUUCAUCAAUGUAAACGUGAAGCUUGCCAUUGAUAUAAUUCGUAGCUUUGAUGGUAUGUUGCUCGAGUGCAGAUACUAUAUCUUUAAAGCGUGGAAUCCUGAUUAG